AUGGCGUAUACACUGCAAAGACUAGAACAGGCUAUUGAGCUUUUCCGCAGUCCGAGCGCUAGAUUGAUUGGAACCCUUGCUGACGAAUGCAAGUACUCUUUACGGAGGCGGCGGUCGAAGGGCAAACAGGCCAUCCCAUCGUGCUGGCUUGACGACGACAGUGAUAGCGACUAUAGCCCGGGGCACGAAACUGCAGAUCCUAAGCGAAAGCGUGUAUCUCGCACAGAAGACUCAACUCGACCCAAAAAGCAAGCUCGGAGCCCGGAACAAUUGAUUGUCAUCAUGGCCUUGAAAUCAAUAACUGGAAAGGCAUUCCUUGCUGCUCUUCCCAUGUCCGAGGCAGACAUCCCGGCUGAAGAUAAUGAGCAGUUGAUGCAGUACUGGAAUAUAGCCGACUGCACGGUUGAAUCGGCAUCGAACUCGCGGUACUCGCUCCGGAAGCGAGAAAGCCUGCAAGAGGGCAACGACCGGCUUGUAGAUCUGGAUGAAGCAGCAGCCAAGGGGUGUUGGGCGUGCCGCAAGAUCCAUAACGACUGCUCACUCCUCGAAGAUCAGUUUGCAUAUCCUUGCCAGACCUGCAAGGAGGACAACAUCGACUGCGAGCUGAUCAUCCCUCCGGAGUGGAAAAGAGCCUGUGAGAGAUGCAGACGCUCAGGAAAGACAUGCUCCUACAGCUACGGCGAAACCGACCACAGUGUAUCUUGUGAGCAAUGCCAAGCAACGGGAAUUCCUUGUAUCGCGGGCCCAGCAAAGAGCAAACCGCCGCUGGAGCCAAGGACGAAGACAGAGAACCGCGAGAGUUGUGCAGGCUCUGGUGACUCUGGGUCUAUUUGGGACACAAUCCCCCCUCUCCCUGCAAAUGACGAGCCCGACGACCCUGUUCCCUUUACAUCAGUCCUGAAGAACCGUGGUACUCGGAUUAUCCACACGUCCUUGGCCCAUCCGGUGGACUUCGCCUAUGAGCCACCAUCUGACGGCACGGACCCUUGUCACUGGUGUAGCAAUUUCGUGUAUGGCAUCAUGGGACUGGGUAGAAGGGCCGUGGAAGUCAUCGAUUUCGGUGAUGGGAGGUAUGUUGAAAUAAAUGGAGGACAUAUCAAAGAUGGCCACGAGCCCAGUCGAAUGUGCGUCACCUGUGCAUUGGAGAGAAUCCACAUCGUGAACUGCUCACGUCACUACAUUGUCCCCCUUAAAGGGUACAAAGUAGACACCUUCGACUUCGACGCCGCCUAUAACAGCUUGAUCCCGACACCAGGACAGCCACCGAAACGGAUCAACCCGUGGUGUUCUCUCUGCCCGAAUCCAGCAUUUUUCGGCUGCAGUACUCUUCAGCUUGUGAACAAAUACCAGGAGCCCGUCGCACCAACCUCACCCCAUGCGCGAGGAUGCGGCUUAUUGCUUUGUGAACGCUGCGAGUUGUUGAUGCGAGCCUACCGUGGGAAUCUGGCAAAGGUGGUUGCCAAAAACGACCAGGCAAAUGCAGAGUUUGGGAGUCGAGCUGACGUUGGAUAUAUUCUGCCUGGGAAUGACCUUUAUCGCUUCUAUACCAAGGCGUGA